GUUUGGGGUUAUUUUCCUGUCAGCUGUCUACAACAACAAUAACUGCCAGGAUGAUGUUUAUUUACUGUAGUCGCUGAGGUUUGUGGGUUGUUUUUUGUUUGUGAAGAUAUUUUUUCAGGAUACUCCCAAAGGUUACCGUAAAUUAACCUUUGAUAGCCCUGAGCGAGUCAAAGGCUCGAGCUCCUGUAAUUUACGCGGCACUGUCAUUCAAAAUAUGUCGAUAACAGUGUUGAGUUGAUUAUCACACAGAUACAUAUAUUUUAAGAUAUAGUUCACUACUUUUUCCAGAUAAAGAGAAGACAUAUUUUCAUUCGGCAUAGGUGACGGGGCAAGUCACAGAGUAAAGAAGGAGGACGUGAAGACAGAGUUGUACAUUUCAGAUGAAAAGAAGAAACCGGUGACACACAAUGGAGGAUUUCAGGUUGACGUACCUGCGUUUGUGUAAGGAGGGAGGCGUGGAGCCUCAGGAGAGUGUUGUGGCUCAGCUGCAGGAGAGCAGGGCUGCUCACGGCUCCAGGCUGGACCUGAGCGGACAGAGCCUGUCUGCAGAUACGUGCUCCGUGCUGGCAAGGGCUUUCCAAAAAGAUACUGUCUUUACAGAGGUGCUGCUCAGUGACUGCAUGCUCAGCGAGGAAGGUGCCAAAGUGCUUCUGACUGGACUGUUUGGUAACACAACUGUAAAAGUCCUGGAUCUGAAGGGGAAUAACCUGAGAUCGACAGGGGCUGAGGUGUUGGGAAGGCUGUUGGCACGAAACAAGACGCUGCGCAGGCUGGUGUUAGAGUGGAAUGCUUUGGGGGUGUGGGAUGAAGCCUUUGCACUCUUUUGUGAGGGUUUGGCCUCCAACAACGUGCUGACGCAGCUGGACCUGCGCAACAAUCAGAUCAACCACCACGGAGCAUCUGAGCUCGCUCUGGCACUUAAACACAACACCACUUUGCAAGUGUUAGAUCUGAGGUGGAACAACAUCGGCCUGCUGGGUGGAAGGACUCUGCUGGAGGCUCUGCAGAAGAACAAGAGCAUAGUGCAGCUGGAGAUGGCAGGAAACAACAUACCUAGUGACACACUCAAAGCACUUGAGCAGACCACAGGGCACAAUGUGGACAGACAGUCCACCCUGAGAGACAGCCGCAGCAGGACCCAGGUCCUCAGCAAGGAGAUCCAGACGCUCAAGGAGGAGAAGGGCCGGCAGUUCCUGAGCUUAAUGGAAACCAUAGACAGGCAGAGGGACGAGAUGGGACACUCCAACAGGUCCACCUCCAUUCAGAUAGGCCAACUCCAGGAAGCUCUGAAUGAGAGGAAGUCAGCUGUCAACUCUCUCACUGCCAAAUUACAGAUGACAGAGGCUGCCCUCGCCCUCUCUGAGCAGAAAAACCAAAACAUGGGAGAGCUGCUGACACGAUUGAAGGCUGAGAAAGAAGAACAGAGGGAACGACAGAGCAGAGAGCGGAAGAAGGAGCAAGAGGACAGUGCACUCAGAGAGAACAAACUCCUCAGAGAGAUACAAAACUUGACGGAAACCAACAGCCAACUCAUGAACAAAGUGGAGGAGAUGGAGCGCAGGUGUAAGUCUCAGCAGCAGCAGAUCUUUGAGCUGAAGCAGGAGCUGACCAACAGCACGGCAGAGCUCAAGCUGCAACUAGCACAGGCAGAAGACCGCCUGGAAAUAGAGAAGAGAAGGUCCAAGCAAGCUCUGCAGGACAUGGACAGUCUCCGCCAGAAGGAGGUGGAGCAUGUGAAUCGACAUCUAGAAGAGAGCGAGAGGGCUCUGCAGGAGCGCAUCUUCAAGCUGGAGGGACAGCGGAUACAACUGGAGGAGGAUGUGAGCAAAGCUAAAGCAGCAUGUGUGACAGAGAGGGCCCAGGCAGAGGAGGAACUGGGAAGAGUGCGAACUCAAGUGCGACAGGAAGAGCAGGAGCAUGUGUCGUCCCUGGAGGAGAAGCUUCGCUCAGUGCGUUCCUCCCUACAGGAGGUGCAGCUCCACUGCUCCCAGCAGAAACACACCAUCUCUGAGCUGCAGGCCAAGAACAGCCAGCAGAGCAGCGACAUCAACGGACUGCGGCGCAGGACGGAGGAGCUCCAGCAGGAGCUGUCGGGUAAAGACCAGGAGAAGGUGGCUGAAGUUAGUCGGGUAAGGGUGGAGCUGCAGGAGCAGAUUGGACAUUUACAGGCAGAGAGAACGGCACAGGGAGGACUGAAAGAGAAGAUCAAUGCUCUGGAGCGAGAGAUUAAAGUACUAAGCAGCAACCACAGGGAGGCGCUCCUCGACAAAGAGAGCGAGAUGUCUUCCAUGCUGGAGAAGCUGCGGCUGAAGGAGACGGAGAUCCAGAGGAUGAGAGAAGACGAAGCCCAGAGAGCCAGCUACCUGCAGAGCGCCAUCCUCUCCUACGUCCAGGGCUCGCCUCUGGGACACUACAGCAGCCCCAAGAAGUGACACACACACCUCAGCCCUCAGCUGCAACCUCUGAGCCCCCACUUUGUUCCUGCACAGGUCAGGACAGACUGAAGAAUUAAAAAAAAUCAUGAUUGUCUGGACUUCAGAGGUAAUCUGUGCUGGCCAAUGACUGUGAGCUGUAAUCACAAUGUUAUACAUUACAUUUAUAUCCAAUCAAGAAAAGGAAGGUUUUAAAAGUCAGACAUCCAUGAUAUUUUCAGGAUAUUUAUGGCCCCCAGAGGAUGCAUGAAAGAUAUAUUUUGAUGCGUUUCUGGACACAUUUAGGUCACUAAUGCUCUGGAGGGAAAUAAUGACCUUAUGACCUUUUAUCUAGUUCCACCCUCAGGGCAAAAUAUAAAUUUUUACUUCCUCUACCAGUGCAGUAAUGAAACUUCAGCCUCUAUGGGCUGCUACCAGUCUAUUAGACGUAUGUAUGUUUUUAUCUUUUAUUUAAGUCAAGGGUCAGUUUUUAAUGACAAAUUAAAGCAACUAGAAGGAACUUUUAACUGAUUGUUUAACACUCUCAAUUAUUAUUGAUGCCUCUAUAGAGAGCGAACGAAAUGACAUAUUUCUCUCGGCCAACCCAGAAGUAGCAUCUCCAUGGGGUCUAUUGAGAAUUCGUCUAUGGGAUUUUUGCAUUUGAUUUUGGAUCAUGGCAGAAAAUAAGCUCUGUGACAAACACACGUUUCUGAUGCUUACGUAUUUUGUUCAGCAGGAUCAUCUUCACAAAUGAACACCACUUUUAUUAUACUGAUGUUAUACUACAGUCAACUAAACCUUGAACGUCACAGCCAUUAUCCUGAAGCAGUCCCCAACAAGCUAACAAGCAUUUUUGACAAGCUAGCAGAACUAGCCUAAUAAAUUGUUUACUAACAUAAUUUACAACUACAAGAGUUUGCAAAAGCACUGAAAACAUGACUAGAGUCUGUAAGGUGUGAUGAUGUUUAAUGCCCCCGACAACCACCGUAGCCUCAUUUAGCCACUUGUUAGCAACCACCUUUUUAUGGACACGUAAAAACAACAAAAUUCACAACUGGUCGGAUUUACUAACAUAUUUUAUAUCGCACAAAAAAACACAAACAUCUCUUAAACUUGUGUUAACCACAAACCUCAUUCAAAAUCCUCCUUCAGUUUGAGAGGUUAGACCCCAGGGCGCUAAAAUGCUAACUUAUUUCCGGGUUUAAGAACUUGUUGCUGUAGUGCCCUGUAUCACCUACCUGCCACAUUGCCAUCGGGUCCCAUUCCAACAAAAAUCAGGUGGUAUAAUGCUCUCCACAAUGUCUUUUAGUUCAAACACAACCAAACAUGCUGGAACAGACCCAGAUGCCACUUUGCUGCCGUUAACGACCUGCAGUCAGAGCUGCAGAGCUCCAUGGCCAGCUGCAAAAGCCUGCUACUGUUUCUUCAUUAGUCUUAUAUUUGAAAAUAUUUGAGAUAUAACUGUUGUUGAAAGGAUAUUUGCUACGACCCCACAGCCCUAUCUAAAUGUUUUACAUGUCUUUAGAUCAUUGCCAAAGAUUCCCACUCUUGUGUCUUUAGCUCUCCUGCUAACUGAGGAGCUAACUCUCCACUCGCUGUACUUCAAGAGACAGUUCAACCCCCAAAUCAAAAACACAUACUUUCCUCUCUUACUUGUAGUGCUACUGAUCAAUCCAGAUAGUUUUGGGGAGAGUUUCAGAGUGUUGGAGAGGUCAGCCAUCUGCCUUCUGUCAAAUGUAAUGGAACUAGAUGGGAGUUGGCUUGUGGUCCUUGAAGCAUUGUCAGCGGAGAACUGCUUUCAACACCAUCUAUGGAUUAUCUUCAGUAACUGGGACAUGAUUCUUGAAAGAGCCACUUCUGUUGAGCUUUUAAAUGUUCUUUGUUAAAUGCCAUCUUGAUCCAUUUUAUUUGAGACAAGGCAGACGUCUCCUCAACACAUGGAAACUCGCACCCAAACAAUCUAGAUUGAUACUUAGAACUAAUGGUAAGAGGAAAAAUAUGUAUUUUUCAUUUUGGGGUGAGCUGUCCCUUUAAAUUGAACUGUAAGCCAUCAUAUAUGUCUGAUUUUGCUUCUGUUGUACCAAUUCCUGGUGCAUUGUUAGUGUUUACAUACAAAUUGAGAUUUGGUUAAAAAUGCCUUAAUAUUGUAUCUGUCAAACCAGGCGGCAGCCUCUCUCCAGCUCUGAUACAAACAACAGUAACCUGAUUCACAAAAAGAUGUCUGCAGUUUUUACACAUGAUUUUAUGAAGAAGAGCCUUAUCAAACUUUGAAUGCAGUCUUUUUUUUUAAAUACAAAGUGCUGUUUCAUAUCUUGAUGUCGUUUCAGAUAUGUGAUGGAUUUAAUUCAGGUGUGUUUUUACUAUUUUUCAGCUUUUAAAUAUUUGUUGAAAGUCAUCAUUUCUGAAAUAAAUGAUUUUUUUCUUA